UGUCUGUGAAAACGUACAGUUGGGUUUCUCUAUGGUUCUUGUUCACUGCCCCUGUCUUGUUCUGGGAUGCGGGGUUUUGUUUCAUGAGGUGGGUGCAGAACCUCUUCUCGGUGCUCAAUUGGUUGGUGCUCAUCAUCUACGCCUCUCGUUUCAGACCGCGUUCAAUGGUGGGAGGAUACCUCCAUUGGAUCUGGGCGCCCUAUGCCAUCUACCAGAAGGUUGAUCGGGUUUUCGAUGUCGAGGCCUUCGAGAGCGGAGAUGGGUUCCUCUACGCGCAAGGCGCCCUGAGCGCCCUCGAGACCUUCAUAAGCCUCGUCUAUGUCUACAAGGCGCAUGUCUCGAAGACCUCGUCAGCGCCUCUCUUCGGCUUCAGCGCCGCAAUUACGACACUGUUCAAGACGAUCCUUUUCAUCUCGAUGGAGGUCUUCUGUGGAUAUUGUUCAACUGGCCAUAAUUCUAGGCUGGAUUUCCUGAAAUAUUGGGCCAUUCCAAACGGGAUGUGGUUGCUUUUCGAUUUUCUCAUUGUUAUCCGACUUGGGUUGGACAUUUUGGGCUCCCUGCAGGUUGCAGCGAGGGCGGAGGCUUCAGCAAAGAAGAAAUGAU